AGUUCUGUAAAAUUGACGAUGGGAGAAGAAAACUCGUGGCCGAGAGAGAGAAAAUUGUCGACGAGACCCAUUUUGUCGUGGGAAAAGCCCCUCGAAAUCAGUCAGUGAGAGUAUGUCCUGUGAAAAGCUUCUGUGAGCUCCUUUCGGUGUGCAACAACCAAAAGAUUUCCCAUGCAAAAUCACCCAUAAAUUCCUGCAAAUUUUCCCUAUUUCCUCACAAUCUUAUCUCAUCGGCUUCACACACAAUACUUCCCGUGAUCAGUGUGACCCCAAUAUUGUUCCCACAACUUUUGGAUACUGCAGUGAAGUGGACUAAAGUGAAAAAUCGGCAGUGAAGCUAAAGAAAAAGCUCACGAAGCUCGUGUUCAUUUCUCCUUUCGUUAGAUGGAUGUAAAAAAAAAGUGAAGUGGCUGCCAUUGGGUGAAAAGUGAAGAAAAACCCUCUAAAUUCGAUUUUCACCGGGUGAUUCUUUUUGGCCCCAAAAGUGCACUCACAAUGAAAUGACACUCUCCACGCUGUGAUAAAAUUAUCUUCACAUUCUUAAUCUUGCGACGGAGAAGGACAUCGAGAUUUUUUUUUUGUAAAGUAUUGGACACAUCUCUGCGGCAGUGAGUGAAAAUGGAUAAGUAGUAAGUGUCACGAAGAUACUAAAAAAUAGAUGAUGAAAAGAGCAUUGAGUAAAAUGCUUAAGUGAGUGCAAGAAGUGGCUUUUGGAUAAGUCAAACGAUGGAGGAAGAUCAUGCAAAGUCGCCAGCAAGGGCGAAAAGUCAGCAAAAUAUUACAUCGGAUAUUUUACUGCCGGACAGUGUCCUCGAGAAAUUGUACCAGAAUUAUUCGAUAAAACAGAAACGAAGUGGACUUAUUUGCUUUCUUCUCACAUCAAUACUCUUUGAUCUCUGGGCCAUUGCAAUACCACAGGGACAGACUUAUGGAAGCUUAGGUUGUGUCGGUCUAUUUCUCCUUUCAAAUCUGAUUCUCCUCGUUGUGCUGAUAUUUGGUGGGAAGUUUAAGGAUAUCGUAUGGAAGGUUGCACCAUACCUAGGAUGGACUUUUGCCUUUCUCCAGCUUGCCCUGCAUCUCAUACUCAAAGACAACCUCAUACCCAAAGACUCUCUGGGAUGGGUUAUGCUCUUCAACUUUCUUGUCUACAUCAUCCUCCCGGUACCUAUGAAAUAUCAUUUGAUCUUCUUCGGUAUCGCCACAUUCUUCAUGUACAUGGGCAUCAUCACGGGAUUGGCACAAGUGGAUUCUGAGUUCUGGAGACAGCAAUUGGUGAACAUGAUGUUGAUCGUUGGGGCCACACUCGUAGGACUCUUAUGCUACCAUUUAGGGGAAAUCAAGCAACGACGCGCCUUCCUGGAGGCCAAGAAGAGCCUCGAAGUCAAAAUGCUGAUUGAGGAGGAGUCCGCCGAGCAGGAACGACUCCUUCUCUCCGUUCUUCCUGCUCACGUGGCAGUGAAAAUGAGACAGGAUUUGGGAUGCACGGAUUCGGAGCAAUUCAAGAAAAUUUAUAUGAGUCGCCAUGAAAAUGUGAGCAUUCUCUAUGCCGAUAUCGUGGGUUUUACGGCGAUUUCUUCAACAUACUCCGCUCAGGAUCUAGUAAAGAUGCUCAAUGAACUUUUUGCGCGCUUCGAUCGGCUGGCAGAGAAAUAUCAGCAGCUAAGAAUAAAAAUUCUAGGCGACUGUUACUACUGCAUCAGUGGAGCUCCCGUGGAAAUAGCCAACCAUGCCUCAUUAUGUGUCUACAUGGGACUAUCUAUGGUGAAAGCCAUAAAAUAUGUCCAGCAGAAAACUCAAUCACCCGUGGACAUGAGAGUGGGCAUUCAUACUGGAGCUGUUCUUGCUGGCAUCCUGGGUCAACGUCAGUGGCAAUUUGAUGUGUAUUCGAAGGAUGUUGAAUUGGCCAAUAAAAUGGAAUCCAGCGGAAUGGCUGGACGAGUUCACAUCAGUGAGAAAACUUUGAAAUUCCUCAACGGAGAGUUCGAGGUGGAACCAGCUUAUGGGGAGAAACGUGAGGAGAGUUUGAGAAUUGCAGGACUAAAAACAUAUUUUAUAACGAAAGUUCUGAAACCUUUUGUUCCUACGUCGAAUGAGGAGAAGAAUGGAACAACGAAAUUAGGCGAUAUGGCACAAAACUCCCUGGAAUCCGAUGCACUGUCUGACACACUCCAGGAAGAUGAUCAGCCAAAGACUCAUAUCACACAGGAGAGUCACGAUGUCUCGCCAAUGUCGGAGGACAAGCAGAAGGAGGAGGACUAUAGGUUGAGACUUCAGAAGGAAUUAGUUAGUCGCGAUGGUCAUGGGGACCUGUCCAAACACACAAAUUUUCUGUUAACAUUUCGCAAUAAGAAUCAUGAGGCGGCAUAUUCAGCCUAUCGAGAGCCAUAUUCAGCAGUACCAUUGCUUGCAUGCCUUGUCGUGUAUUUCUUAGGCAUCGUUUAUUAUCCUGUGGUGCUUCCUAAAACUGCUCUCCAUUUUGCACUAACAUUGGCGCCAUUUCUCCUCAUCUUCCCAUUAGUCUUCAUUUCCGUGGGAGAAAGUUUUUUCCUCAUCUUUCCUGAGUGGUUAGUGAACAUCAGUAAGAAAUUCAAUGAUCUCAUCUGGCUCCGAAGAACAUCGGCUGCUCUCGUUAUCCUCCUCAUCAUUUUGAUGAAUUUCUUUGAUAUGGUGGCUUUUACACUGCAAUUGGGCAACACAGAUACUUCUGUUAAUACAACCCUUCAUCACUUUAAGCUCGAACCAUCAGAAGCAUACUUCCCAUCGUAUUUCACCAACUAUGCUGUAUUGAUACUUAUUGGUACCUCUAUCUUAGCACAAUUAUCACAUGUUGUCAAGAUAUUCCUCAUUAUUGCAAGCACAGCUUUAUACUGUUUCACAAAUAUCUUUCUGAUGGAAAAAGACUUUCAGAGAGAACAAACUACGUUAUGGACUGUAGAUGUACCUCUACGCUUUGUAAUCUCUGUACAGUUGAUUGCAAUUGCCAUAAGCCUAUCUAUCCUAUCUCGUCACUUUGAUCGUGAAGAUCGUGUGAUCUUCAUGUGGCGGAUUGAGGUAUCCGAGGCCAAGGAGAAGGCAAGUGACAUGAGACAACGAAAUGAGCAACUCGUUUACAACAUCCUUCCCGUUCACGUGGCAGCUCAUUUCAUGGGAAACAGGAAACGUUCUCAUGAUGAUCUCUACUCCCAGAGUUAUGCCGAAGUAGGUGUUCUGUUUGCCAGUAUGCCGAAUUUUUCGGAUUUCUACUCAGAGGAUGCUGUAAACAAUCAGGGCCUAGAAUGUCUUCGUUUUCUCAAUGAAGUCAUAUCGGAUUUUGAUGCAUUGCUGGAACUACCACAGUUUCAGGACAUCAUCAAAAUCAAGACCAUUGGAUCGACCUACAUGGCAGCCAGUGGACUCAAUCCCACACGUCAGGUUCAACCUGAGGAUCCGAUUGUUGUGCGAUGGAAUCACUUGGCAUUGCUGGUGGAGUUCGCCAUUGAACUGAAGAAGGCCCUACAGGGCAUCAAUGAGCAAUCCUUCAAUCACUUCGUGCUGAAGAUGGGUGUCAAUCACGGACCCAUAACAGCCGGUGUGAUUGGAGCUAGGAAGCCACAUUAUGAUAUCUGGGGCAAUACGGUCAAUGUAGCGUCUAGGAUGGAAAGUACCGGUAAGGCAGGUGCUAUCCAGGUGACGGAAGAAACAUGCCAUAUUCUCCAAACUUUCGGUUACACUUUCGAACAACGUGGGCUUGUUGCUGUUAAGGGCAAAGGUCAGCUGAUGACAUACUAUCUUCAAGGCAAAACUGCCAAGCCCCAGCCAAGUGCGACACCUGUUGAACUCACAAAUGGCUUUGUCGCAACCCCACCCACGUUAUCUGAAGAAAGGGCAGAACCGUCCCAGAGUGUGGAGAAAACUGAGACGGAGAGUACCAAAGUCGCUAAUGCUAUCAAUGAGGAUGACAGUCAACCAAAGGAGAUUCUUAGCAAUAUAAUAAAUUCGACAGCAUCAGAGGAAGAAAAUCUCGAACCAGACGCGAGGACGCCUCUCCUCACAGACACCAACAAGACCAUCAUCAAAUCGGGCGAAAUGUAGGAGGGUGGUAGCAAGUAGAGAACUCAACCAAUUUAUGGAACAAUCAGUAGGAGAAACUUCUUUCCAAAAUUAUCCAAAUGGAAGUUCAAUAUUUACUUUGGGAAAGUGUUAGAACUUUUUUUUUAUUUAUAAAAUACAGUGACUGACCAGACAAAUAGACUGUCAAGGUAAUUAUAUCAUCUUAUUAAUGGGUGUGAAAAGUUUUAUAAAUCAAUUAGGAAAAUUCAAUUGAAUUACAUUUUCAAGCAACACGAACAAAUAAUUUAAUUACAACUGAUUAAAAGCCACCGCAAAAUUGUAAACGUUUGUCGAUUUUUUUUUUUAAUAUUUAAAAUACAUGUGAAAUUAUCGUCUGCGCCGCAAAAGAAAUAUGCUAAUAUUUAUGCAAAAUCCACUACAUAUUUUUUUAUUAUUGGUUUUGGGAAAUUUCUAUUUUUCUACUUAAAAAUUUAUGAUUAAUUUCUCAUCUUGUUUGUGUUCAAAAUUUAAAAAGGAACUAUUUUUACUUUUACACAAAAGAAACAGUUUUUUAUAAAUUAUAAAAAAAAAAAAUAAAAUACGAUAAUUGAGUAUCGAAAAUUUUUAGUUUUUUCUUUUUAGUUUAUCCUUUUAGACAUAUUCCUUAUACUUAUUUAUAAUGAAUUUUAAAAAUGUCUAGAAGAUCCUAGAGUUGGUAUUAAUUGGUUUAAAUAAAAGCAAGACUUAAACAAUAUUGGAAAUUUCGCUUUUCCUAAAGCCUUGCCAUCCUUAAUAAAUUUAAGUAGGGAAUUAAGAUCCUCGUUUCUUCCAUAAAUCACUUUCUGUUCUGUUAGCUUAUUUUGCUUAAUUUUAAUGUUUAAUGUGAAAAAUGUAUUCAUUCAUUUCAUUAGUUUAAUUUCAUAUCUUUUUACUUCCUUCUCGCGUCCAUCGCCGUCUUUUAGUGUUCAGUCAAACCUCCAAAACAAAUCGUUGGAAGAGAUCCGAAAUAUUUUUUAUGCAUUUGAAACAAAAGUGCAUUACUCAUAUUAAAUUUUAAAUCACACUAUUAUCCAUUUUGCUAUCAUCAACUAUCCUAGACAAACCCUAUGAAUAUCUCAUUUUCAAGAGAAAUUGAACCGUUUCUUUCAAGUUUUUUUUUUCAAUUAUUAACGACUAGGGAAAACUGGGGCACCACUAAACUCGGGGUAUCACCGAACACUGAUUUUUUAAUUGGAUAUUAAACUUCAGAGGAUGGGACCUCUAUGAAUUCAUCAUAGAUACUAUAGGGAUGCUUGUCCACUGAAGAAAUGAUCGUCAUGGUCUAAGUAGUUUUGAAAUUAAAAUCAGUGUUCGGUGCUACCCCAUGUUCGGCGGUGCCCCAAUUUCCCCUAUAUAUUUUGUUUUAUCACAAAGUUGAAUUAUUCUUUAAGAAUUAUCAUCUUCCUCUAAACUAUUUUUACUGAGAGACUAUUUUUUGGCAGUCACUGUACCAAUAAAAUGAAAUAAUUUAGCGAGAGACGAGGAUGACUCAAUUUUUAGCCUUCGAAUAAAACUUAGGGUGAUGUUAACUAGAGAAAGAUAUUUUAGGCUUACAUUUAGAAUAAUAAAAUCAAGUAGUAAAUUUCUAAAAUAAUCUCUUGAUUUCUCACAUAACUUACACUAUCCACUUUCUUCACACAGACACAUCCAAUUAAAAAAAAAACAAAUAUCAUAAAAGAUCAAAAGGCUUUAAUUGCAUAUUGAUAGAAAUUUUCACAUACUUAUCGAUUUAAUUCACAUUAAAAGAAAUUCAUUUCCAUACACCAAACAACAUCUUCUUAAUUCUGGAGUGAUACAAGCUAUUUUUGUACAUUUUUUCCUCGCCAUCAGAUUUUGAGCGCGAUAAAAGAAAACAUUGUGGAGCAAAUUUGAAAAAUUCUUCAAAUUAGUGAUAAUUUUGCGAACACCUUUCAUAGAAUAAAAAACUUAUUGUAAUGAACAAGUAAUCGAUAGUGUCUACGAAAGAAAAAAUCAUUAGCUGAAAAACUAACCACCGAAUAAAAUCACAAGAAAUUUGAAAACAUAAAAAAAACAAAUAAAUCCACUGACCGGAGGUUAAAUACAAUAACAAACUGGGAAAAUUAAAUUGAAAAGAAAUUGGUUUUCUUUUAAAAAAUGAAAUCCGAGAGGUUUUUUACCGGUGUAUUUUCUAAAGUCACUUUUGCCAAAUUUCAAUACAUUUCGCACAAUAUUUCACAAGAAUAAACCAUAUUCAAUGACAAAUCGAAUUUACAUAAAUUAUGGAAUACUUUUGGAUGGAAACCUUUGAUGGAAGACAGCAAAUUUCAAUAUUUCAGAUGAUUUUUCCAAAGAUUCGGUCAAUUGUGGAAUACCUCUGAAAUACCAGACAACCGAAGAAGAAGCAAAAGAUUAAGAAUUUUACUUAGGAAAUUGUACCCUAAAAACUUACAAUGCUAAAAUGAUUAUAAAAUAGUGAAGAAAAGACAAAAUAUAGAAAAAAUAACAAAAAAAACAAA